AUGUGGCGCCGCGCUGGAGCCGGGCCGCUCCGCCACCACCUCGCUGCAGCCGCCGCCGCCGGCUGCCGCGUUAAUCGACCCUCGCUGCCUCCUAUGCCCACCGCCUCAUCCUCCCCCGCCUCUUGCUCUUCCCUGUCCCAGCACAAUCUUGGAAUCUUGUGGGGUUCCGCUUCUGUCGGGGCUCCCUUCCGGAGCCUGUCGAACCAGUCUGGCGGCGGCGGCGGCGUGCUGGAGCUGCGAAAAAGAGAAUAUAAUAUAAAGGAUAAUAACUUGGAAGGGAAGUACAAGGACUGGCAGAAGAAGCUACAUCCUGACCUAGUUCACUCGAAAUCUGAGAAAGAGAGGGGCUAUGCUGCGGAGCAGUCAGCACUUGUGAUUGAUGCGUACCGCACACUCAGCAAACCUUUAUCUAGGGCAUUGUACUUGCUGAAACUCGAGGGGAUACAUGUCGAUGAAGAAAAGACUAUCAAUGAUCCAGAACUUCUUAUGGAGAUGAUGGAGAUACGGGAAGCUGUCAGCGAUGCCAGUGAUUCUCAAACCCUGGAGAAGAUCCAAUCUCAGAUUAAGGAAAAGCUUGAAACCUGGUCUGAUUCCUUCCAGAAGGCAUUUGACAAGAAGGAUUUUGACCGUGCAGUGGAAGCUACACAGAGAAUGAGGUACUAUGAACGUGCAGUGGAAGAAACGGUGAAGAAGCUCUGA